AAAAUAAAACAAUACAUGGGACAAUGCUGACGUAAUGCUGAGUCAUCCAUGCUCCGCCCGCAAGUCUUGUAUCUUUGACUUUGGUCGCCGCCCGCCCAUCAGACGUGACAGCACAGGCCGUGUUUCCAGGUGCUGUUACAGUAAAGAUGGACUUUAGCAUUAGUUGUAAUGGCUUAUUUGCCUUCUGAAGCAAGCUAGCUGUGUCUCGGAGGUUUGUUUUUCCCUGUCAAAUCUCCGUGGGAAGGGAGCGAGAACUGGGCUAGUCUCACAAAGACCACAAAAAAAUGCACCCUGACUCGGAAUUGAGAAUUUGAACUGCAUCGCUGGGAUAAAUCAUUUAUGUGGUCAUGGCUGGGCUGAUCAAGAAACAGAUCCUCAAACAUCUCUCCAGGUUUGCUAAGAACCUGUCCCCAGACAAGAUCAACCUGAGCACGUUGAAGGGCGAGGGCCAGCUCACCAACCUGGAAUUGGAUGAGGAGGUACUGCAGAGCAUGUUGGACCUGCCCACCUGGCUGGCCAUCAACAAAGUGGGCUGCAACAAGGCUGCCAUCCGGAUCCCAUGGACCAAGCUGAAGACCCACCCCAUCUCUCUGACCCUGGACAAGGUGGUAAUGGAGAUGAGCACCUGUGACGAGCCCCGCCCUCCAAAUGGCCCGUCUCCCAUAGCAACGGCCUCGGGGCAAAGUGAGUAUGGCUUUGCUGAGAAGGUGGUGGAGGGCAUCUCUCUGUCCAUCAACUCCAUCGUGGUGAAGAUCAGUGCCAAGGCGUUCAACGCCUCCUUUGAGUUGAGCCAGCUGCAGGUCUACUCUGUCAACACCAGCUGGAGCCUGUCGGACCUCCGCUUCACACGCAUACAGGACCCACACAGAGGAGAGAUCCUGACGUUUAAGGAGAUCAGCUGGCAGAUGAUCCGCAUCGAGGCGGACGCCAUCCAGAGUGCCCAGAACGAGAUGCUGAGUGCCCCCAUCCGUCUCAUCACCAACCAGUCCAAGAUCAGAGUCACCCUGAAGAGACGGUCCAAGGACUGUAACGUGGUGGCCUCUAAGCUGAUCCUGAUACUAGAUGACCUGCUGUGGGUGCUGACUGACUCCCAGCUCAAAGCCAUGGUCCAGUACGCCAAGUCACUCAGCGAGGCCAUGGACAAGUCUGCUCAGCAGAGGAAGAGCAUGGCCACCGAGGACCAGGAGUCGUCGGCGCCCCCCUCAGCCCAGCAGGUGCGUAGCCAGCAGGUGUCAUCAGGCACAGCGGCUGACCAGAGCGCCACCAUGGCUAAUCUGUUCGCUGCCUUCGACGUGUGUGAGACCUCCCACCACCUGCAGAUCACACACCUCGACCUGCACAUCUGUGACGACAUACACGCCAAGGACAGAGUGAUCAAUAAGAGGAUAACUGGUGGGGCCAUGCAGCUCUCCUUCAGUCACAUUACCCUGGACUAUUACCCCUCCCACAGAGCAGGUGAGAGUUGUCUCCACUGGAUGCAGUACAGUGAGGCCACUAAGGCCAGGGAGGGCUGGGCCAGGAGUCUGCUGGAGGAGUUCAAGUCUAACGUGGAGAUGUUGAAGACCGCCAAGAGAGACCGGGAGGGCCCGGCCAACUCUCACACCUCACCACAGCACGGUAAGAUCAGUACUAGUUCUACCAGUAUCCUCAGUUCUCCCCAAACCCCCAGGGCGCAGCUCCUGUCCAGCUCCAUUGUCCUCAGGAUAGCUGACUUCAGCAUCUACCAGGUGUCCACAGCAGACCAGCGUCGCUCCAGCCCUAAGGCCAUGAUCUCCUGUAAUAAGAAGUCCCUGUACCUCCCUCCUGAGAUGCCUGCCAUCCACGUCGAGUUCACCGAAUACUACUUCCCUGACGGAAAGGACUACCCCAUCCCCUGCCCCAACCUGUAUGUGCAGCUGAAUGCGCUGCAGCUGGUGCUGGACCCCAGGAGCUUGGUGUGGUGCAACCUGUUUACGCUGGACCUGAGGCAGAGCCUGGAACAGUUCAUGGAGCUCUACAAGCUCAACGACGAGGAACAGAAGCCUGACGAGCACAUCGACAUCAGGGUGGACGGACUAAUGCUGAAGUUGGUAGUGCCCACGGACAGGGACCCCUCCUAUCCCCAGGACCUCCCCCGCUCCGUCUCCGUCCAAUGCUCGGAGAUGGUGGCCACCAACACCCGCCACCCCCCCAACUGCUCCCGCUCCCACCUGGAGGCCCUCCUCCUCUCCUUUCAAGAACAACAGUUCUUCUCCACCUCCUUUUCCUCCUUCCCUCGCUCCUCCACCUCCUUCCCGGUGAUCCACCCCGUUUUCCAGCGCCAUGCGCAUGAGCAGGACACUGUGUUGCACAAUGUGUAUAAAGGGUUGGUGUCGCCCUCGUUGGGCGUGGAUGCCCUCAAAAUGCCAGCUGCCACAGACUUGUGGGCGGUUCAUUUUGCCCAGUUCUGGGUGGACUACGAGGGGAAGGGGCGGCCCCAGCCCUUCGUUGACUCCUUCCCCCUCACUCUGUGGGCGUGCCAGCCGGUCAGACAUGCCCAGCACCAGGAGCGGCUAAUGGGCGGGGCUACGAGAGGGCAGAGAACGCCCCUUUCUGCAGCUGCAGGCCUGGCCAGGAGCGAGCCUGUGGAUACCGUUGGACAUCUGCAGAGGAAGAGGCUUUUGAAGGAGUACUAUAGUACUGUUACGGACGCCACGGCAACAGAGGCCUCCCUGCCGCCUAGCAACGGGUUUCACAAGCCACUGUCCCUGGACAACAUCCCCCCACCUUCCUCGUCUUCCUCUUCCAGUAAGGAGGCAGACAUGCACAUGUUAGUGCACGUACAAAAGCAUUUGAGUGCUCAGGUGAGCCACAGGCAGUACAUGUUCCUGAUGCGGCUGCAGCGCAGCAUCAAAGCCUUGCAGCACACCCUGCAACAGGACCUGGAGGGGAUGGGCUCCAAACGAGACCAGGCAAAGACCACAUCGGACCCCCCUCCAGACCACCAGCCCUUCAGUGCCUGUGUGGGGAUCCUGCUCAAAAGUGCAGAGGUAGCCCUCCUCUUGAAGCCGGUACCCCAGCCCGAGGGUCCUGGUUCCCCCCUAGGGUCGGAGUUGUCCCCCUCGGAGAGUAGAUGCACCUUGGAGACUGGGAGUGACGGAGGGGAGGGGGGGGAUAGAGGAACCCACGUGGAGGGGGCUGGGGCGAAGGGAAGCUGUACAGUGGACCAGCUUAUGUGCGGGGGAGGGGUAGUGGGUGGGAUAACACAAGGCCCCGACCCUCUCAUCCCUGCCUCUGCCCCCAACCUGAAGGCUUCUCUUGACGAGAGGACAGGGAGAUCAAGUUCAGAGGAGUUGGGAGAGGCUUCCCUGGAGGCCUGGACUGGGGGAGAGGAGCCGGGGACCGGAGUUGAUUGUAAAGCCCAGCAGGGUGAGUCCUCCGGGGCAGACCCCACUCUCUCAGACCCCCUCUCCACCAAAGACUGGAACGAGAAGAACCCUGCGGCCAGAUUGCCUGAGUCUAUGUCCAGGAAAGGCAGUCUGUCAGUGGUUUCUGACCGGCUCAGCUCCUCAAACACCCGGUCCACCUCCCUAUAUUCUAUUUCCAACAUUGGGCGUCUGAUGAGGGAGCGUUCCCAGUCCAGUUUCUCAGUGUCCUAUAAGAACAUGAAGAAGACUCCGUCUCUGCAGUCCUUGGACAACCUCUCCAUAGACAGCUACCUGAUGGAGGAUGGAGACACAGACACAUACAGCCUGCUGGAGAGGGAUGACGUGUCCAUCUCAGGGUUUAAGGAUGUGGUGAGGGAGCAGAGUGCCACAGAAAUUGCCAAGGAGGCAGCAGCAGUAGCGGCCAUGGGCACAGGGGAGCAGGACUGUGCUGGCUCACCAGAUACUGUUAGUGCCACCUCCCAGAGCAUCGACGAACCUACCAAAGACAUGGUGUCGGUGCUGGUGCUGAAGGUGCAGUGUGUGUGUGGGGGGAUGGAAGUGCGAGGGGAGAGCACGGCUGUGUCUCUGGAGGUGGGCUGCGUCAGACCCACACAGCUGGGAAACGUCAGCCUCCGACAAUACCUCAGCAACCGCAGCCUGGGUGGUGGUCUGGAGGCCAAUUCAGACGGGACCACCCAUCUCCCGGAGGUCAGGGCUCGGCUGGAGAGCGGGCCCUGUGCUGCCACCCACUCCCCCCUGGCCGAGACCAACGGUUUCCUCCAGCUGCGUGUCCAUGGCUACCGGGCCAGCUUCCUCAUGUCGUCGCUAAGGAACCUGGCUCACUUCCUGGAGGAUGACUCCGCCCCCCAGGUCCUCCCGAUGGAGAUCAGCGUCAGGGACACACACAUCGACCUGAAGGAUGAUGGUCUCCGUGACAACCCGUCUGACCCUGAUACCACCCCCAUCACCCUGCACAUCUCCAACCUGCUCAUCCACAGGACAGACGAUGGAGCCUUCUCUAUAGGGGUGGAAAAUGUGUCUGAGGCGGGGCCUAAGAAAGAAGUCCAAUUGAUUGACAGUGGUCUGUCUCCAGUCCCUGAGAGUGUGGUCAGCAGCACUCUCAAGGGCACACAGACCCCCGGCCCUCCUAGCCCUAGCACAGCCCCCUCCAACAAAGAACAGCUGCUGAUAGAGGAGAACGAGUGUUUGAAACUGGAGCUCUCCAAAGCCAAGAUGGCUCUAGCUGAGGCCCAAAUGGAGAAGGACUCCCUGUUACACCGCAUGAAGAGUCUCAAAGUGAGCAACAGCUAGGGUAGGCCACCAGAGGCCCAGUGACCACCAGUCUGUAGUGCUGCAUAUCACCACAGGGGGGAAGCAGAGAGGAGAGAGGGGUGCUGGAUACUGGAGCUACUUGAUGUAGCAUCACACAAGUAUUAUUCAAGCAUCAGCCAGGUCAUUCAAGCCUGUUCUUAUGAAGAACUGGUCACCUAAGAACUAGACCACACACACAAAGUCCAUGAAGUCUACUCCUUAACACACACACACACACAUGCAGUCCCUAAACCAGAGAAGGGGUCUACUUUUUAACUUCAGCCUACCUACCACCCUCACUGGAGAGUGGACAGUGUUAAGACUUUCAUCCCCUCCUCGAUACAGUGCUGCCUGUCAUCCCUGGGCUGGGACUAGGACUGCAGUACACAUGCUUGUUUUACGUGAUUGUUGUGCUCCCCGAAUCGAUACCUUCUAUAUGUAAUAUGACCUUUGAUGGGAGUGGCUUGCCUGGGUGGGGUGAGACACUGAAUGUCAUAUCUUUGGAGGAAUGUCUUAAAAAUAGACUUAUUUUGCACUGCGCUGAAACCGAACAUGUAAUUUGGUGCUUAUGGAAAAAAAUGUAUCUAGCGCUGAACCAAUUGUAUUUGGUGUGUGUAUGGUAAUGUACUUAUGAUGGGCAAAGCGUACACAAUGUUUUCUACAGAAUUCUGAAUGGUUGUGCAGUGUGUUCAACAUGUAUUUGUCAUGCAACUAAAACAAGCAUUUCAUUUAAUUGAAAAGGAAAAUAUACAAUUAUAUAUUUUCACAUGUACUUUUCUUCCAUUCCAUCUAGUUGAUGUCUACAAUGCCCAUAAUGUCCCACUGCACUGUUUAUUCCCCCCUAUUUUUCUACAUGUAAAUAGCUAGUUGUGUGUCCAGCACUUUUGAACUACAUUCACUGUAAAUACGAUCCCUGUAUGAAAGCAUCAUCCAAUCCGGUUGAGAAUACUAUCCUGUCAUCUCUCGAUUAUCCAAUGAGUGGAAAGAACACUAAUAUGGAGAGCUAUUACCAUCUCUUUUCUCCUAUGAGGAUAAAGCCUGGGGUGUAUUCAUUAUUUGGAUUCCUUUACAAAAUGUAUUUUCUGUUCAAAACGUUUUGCAACUAAAAACAUUUACUCCGACGAUCAGGUUUUAAGGGGAAAUGGAAAGAGCCUGUGAUGCGACUUCCACUUUUUGACAUUAACAAGGUGACGCUCCAUCUUCUCCUCUACAUGUACUGGAUUGGUUGAAUGUUGCGGAAGAAAACCUCCCUGACCCCCCCUUCUCGUCAAGAUUUGUUGUAAAGGAUCCAGUUUCAGGUGUUUAUUUUACGCCUGCUACGUUAGGUAACUCCUCCCAGUGCAGGAGGGGAACACAGGCAUGUGUUUUUCUGUGCGUGCAUUCUAUAUUUGCAUAAUUAUACACGUGUAGUUUUCAACCACGUGACGUCGUGCCCAUAUCUGCUGCACCAUGCUUGUCUGUUGGGGAAGCCUUGGAGUGUUGUAGAAUAGAGCUGUAUUUCCCCUUUGGAGCAUGCUUUUGGCUCACACAGAGUUCAGUCAGAAGGCAGUUCUGUCUGAAGCAUCACGUCUCACACAGGGACAUUUCCAGUAGUAGUAUGAGAUUUGCUGACGUAUUACAAUGGCUUGCCUCUCUUUAAAGGUGUAGUCUGCAGGUUCUCUGUCCCGUAUGGCAAUGAGAUCAAGUAAAAACACAACUACCCUAAAACAAAACCGAAGAAGGUGAAGGUAGUUCUGUUUACACCAACGAUGGCAACUGGUCUUUCUUUGGUUUUCACUGGCAGGCUCACUCGAAUGACCCCAUCCUAGUCCUUCAAAAAGGGCAGUUUGGGAAUACAUACUUUUUCUACGUUAAAGUCCUUAACAAUCCAAAUGGUGGACCUAGCUCAGCCUAGGCCUAGUUCAGUCCAGCUGAAUGUCUUUCCAAGCUGCGCUGUCUGCGCUCUGCCUUGAUACGAUGCACUGACAAAACUUGAAUGGCUGGUAGGAUUUGAAUGCUUGAUUGUACUUUAAAGGCUGCCCUCCCCGGAGUUAACUUACUCAUCCACUUCCUGGUCCAAACGGACCCGCCCCCUCAUUACAAUAGCUCCUCCCUUGACCUGCUCAGCCGCUCCUCUCCUGGGAGCUCCGCCUCCUGAGAACCUGUGUACAAAAAGAAAAUGAUUUGUAAUAUUUGUCUGUCAAAGCUGCUGAGCUACUGAUGAAAAUAAAAAGGUAUCCAAUCAAAAAUGUC